GCACUCCAGCGUUUGCAUGGUUCGGUGGAAGGAAGUGUGCUGAUCCUGAAUCAAGAGCCCAUCAAGAAACGGAAAAACUCCUGCUGAAGAAGCUGAGCGAGGAGAACGAUGGCAAAAAUUUAACGGGAAAAGGAAGAAAUCCAGAUUGUUAGAGUUGAAGCAGAUCUUGAGGAACCUACAGACGCGAUGCCUCUGAAGGAGAAGAUGCAAGAACUGGACACAAGACAAGCGAAUGAUCUGGCUGAGAAUCCUCAGAAUUGCGUAACCGCAGAAAAGCAGACUACAAAUACACCCCAAAAAGCGGCUCAAAAGAGGGUACUCCGAGUGUUCUUCAACUGCAAACAGUGUGGGAAAAGCUUCACCACGAAAGACCACCUUAAAAACCACACGAAGACUCACACUGAAAAGACAUCUCUCACCUGCAAACUGUGUAAGAAGGUUUUCAGUAAAUAUAUCAUGCUGCAUAACCACAUGGGGAUUUACCACGAGGAGAAAUCCUUCACCUGUGAACACUGUGGGAAAGGUUUUACUCAAAGAGGACCGCUCAAACUCCACAUAAGGACGCACACUCAAGAUAAAUCUAAAACCUGCCAAAACUGUGGACAAUUCUUCGCUCAGAAAGCAAAACUUAAAAACCACAUCAAAACGCACCUUGACGGGAAGUCUUUGAUCUGCGAGGAGUGCGGGAGGACUUUUUACCACAAAGAAGCCUUCGAUAGGCACAUGGUGGCCCACACUGGGGUCAAGCCUUAUCAUUGUGAUCAGUGCAGGAGGAGCUUUGCCAUGGAAGCGGCAUUCGACAAGCACAAGAAAAUCCACGCUGGAGAAAAACCUUUGGUUUGCAAACAGUGUGGGAAAUGCUUUUAUGACAAACUCAAGCUUAAAAGUCAUGUAAACAGUCACGCUUUAGAGAAACAUCACAAGUGCUCUAAAUGUGGAAAGAGCUUUUUAGAAGAGGAGAAAUUUAACCAACACAUGAGAUUUCACGCUGGAAAGAAGCCUUACAAGUGCGUUCCCUGUAAAAAGAGCUAUCAAUCCAAAGCAGGACUUGACCUCCACAU